AUGUACAGAGCCAGAAUUGCUGGAUCUGCUUAUUUUAUGAACUUUGUGAAUAAGACUGUGGAAUACGAUUGCUGUUACUGUUUGUUUGCUCAGAAGAAAGCAGCAGCAACAGAAGAGCCUGAGGUGAUUCCAGAUCCAGCUAAACAAACAGAUCGAGUGGUGAAAAUCGCAGGAAUAAGUGCUGGAAUUCUGGUAUUCAUCCUACUUCUCCUUGUUGUCAUAUUGAUCGUCAAAAAAAGCAAACUUGCGAAGAAACGCAAGGAUGCCAUGGGGACCACCCGCCAGGAGAUGACGCACAUGGUGAACGCUAUGGAUAGGAGUUACGCUGACCAGAGCACCCUGCAUGCAGAGGAUCCCCUUUCAAUCACGUUUAUGGACUCUCACAACUUCAGCCCCAGAUUGCCCAAUGAUCCACUUGUGCCGACAGCUGUGUUAGUGCCUAUUACUGAUGAAAACCACAGUGCAACAGCAGAGUCUAGCCGGCUCCUGGAUGUCCCUCGUUACCUCUGCGAAGGCACGGAAUCCCCGUACCAGACCGGGCAGCUGCACCCUGCCAUCAGGGUGGCUGAUCUGCUGCAGCAUAUUAACCUAAUGAAGACCUCUGACAGCUAUGGAUUUAAAGAGGAGUAUGAGAGUUUCUUUGAGGGGCAGUCAGCUUCUUGGGAUGUCGCUAAGAAGGAUCAAAACAGAACAAAGAACCGCUAUGGAAACAUUAUAGCAUAUGACCACUCCAGGGUGAUUUUGCAACCUGUUGAAGAUGAUCCAUCUUCAGAUUACAUUAAUGCCAACUACAUAGAUAUUUGGCUGUACAGGGAUGGAUAUCAGAGACCAAGUCACUACAUUGCAACCCAAGGUCCAGUUCAUGAGACUGUGUAUGAUUUUUGGAGAAUGAUAUGGCAGGAGCAAUCAGCUUGUGUUGUGAUGGUCACAAAUUUAGUGGAAGUUGGGAGAGUCAAGUGUUACAAGUACUGGCCUGAUGACACUGAAGUUUACGGUGACUUCAAAGUGACUUGUGUAGAGAUGGAGCCUCUUGCGGAGUACGUCGUCAGGACCUUCACUCUGGGAAGGAGGGGCUACAAUGAAAUCCGUGAAGUUAAACAGUUUCAUUUCACUGGCUGGCCAGAUCAUGGAGUUCCUUACAAUGCCACAGGCCUGCUUUCCUUUAUACGGAGAGUCAAAUUAUCUAACCCUCCUAGUGCAGGGCCUAUUGUUGUCCAUUGCAGUGCUGGUGCUGGACGAACAGGUUGUUAUAUUGUGAUCGAUAUCAUGUUAGAUAUGGCAGAAAGAGAAGGUGUUGUGGAUAUCUACAACUGUGUCAAAGCGUUACGGUCCCGUCGCAUCAACAUGGUACAGACAGAGGAGCAGUACAUCUUUAUUCAUGAUGCCAUUCUAGAAGCUUGCCUGUGUGGAGAAACUGCCAUUCCUGUCUGCGAAUUCAAAGCUGCUUAUUUUGAUAUGAUUAGAAUAGACUCUCAGACAAACUCUUCACAUCUCAAAGAUGAGUUUCAGACCCUGAAUUCUGUGACCCCUCGCCUGCAAGCGGAGGACUGCAGCAUAGCCUGCUUGCCAAGGAACCACGACAAGAACCGCUUCAUGGAUAUGCUGCCACCUGACAGAUGUCUGCCUUUCUUAAUUACUAUUGAUGGGGAGAGCAGCAACUACAUCAAUGCUGCUCUUAUGGACAGCUACAGGCAGCCAGCAGCUUUUAUUGUCACACAACAUCCUUUACCAAACACUGUGAAAGAUUUCUGGAGAUUAGUGUAUGACUACGGCUGCACUUCUCUUGUGAUGUUAAAUGAAGUCGACUUAGCACAGGGCUGCCCGCAGUACUGGCCCGAAGAAGGGAUACUGCGGUACGGUCCCAUCCAAGUGGAAUGCAUGUCGUGUUCGAUGGACUGCGACGUCAUAAACCGAAUUUUCAGGAUAUGCAACCUAACAAGACCACAAGAGGGCUAUCUGAUGGUGCAGCAAUUCCAGUAUUUGGGAUGGGCUUCUCACAGAGAUGUACCAGCUUCCAAGAGAUCCUUCUUGAAGUUAAUUCUCCAGGUUGAAAAAUGGCAAGAGGAAUGUGAAGAAGGGGAGGGCCGGACCAUCAUCCAUUGCCUAAACGGUGGUGGCCGGAGCGGGAUGUUCUGUGCCAUCGGCAUUGUGGUUGAGAUGGUAAAAAGGCAGAACGUGGUGGACGUUUUCCACGCCGUGAAGACUUUGCGGAACAGUAAGCCCAACAUGGUAGAAACUCCNNNGCAAUAUCGCUUCUGCUACGAUGUUGCGCUGGAGUACCUGGAAUCCUCUUAG